CGUAAUUUAAUACAGUCGCCUCUACGAUACUACAAAACGUACAUGUAAGAGGAUACAUACAACUAUACUUUAUGACAUUGAAAAUAGUUGAGUUGUUACAGAACAAAAUUAAAGAAUCAAAACUAGCAUGUCAUAUAAUGUGAGAAAUAAAUUAGCAACGGACGCUAAACAUCAUCAACAGGAUAUCGUUAUUAGUUCAGCAAUGCUAUCAGACAUGAAUCUUAUCUCCCCUGCUCCAUCGAGAGGCAGGGGCAGCACCGGAGACAUGUUUCCGCAUAAUCAACAACAUCGGACUAGAGGUUCACAAGCUUAUGAACGUUCAAGUGAUACCGACACUUCAAACGCGUAUGGGCACAACGUUCCACUUCCAAGAAGGAGACCAAACAGAAAGAGGUACAAGCUAAAAUCGGAUAAUGAGACGGAACGCAUUGAACCAUCAUUUGAAUCACCUGAAUACAAUCAUAGUAACUCUAAACUAGGUAAAAUGAAAGGAAUUCAUGACAACGAGAAACGCAAACAUACUGGCAGCUCCAGUGGAGAAACUGUAUCCCUACCAAUGUUUGACGCAUUGUCAGUUGUAACUCAGCCCUAUAUUGACAAGGUGUUAAAAUGGGAUGACAAUCCUAAAAAUGCUGAAUCGCAAAUGGAUAAAUUUCUCCCAGCAUCAAGUGCAAUGAAAAGUCUAAACUGUUACAACUUUGAUUACGGCCUAUACAAAAAUUCAAAACAUAAAAAAGUAAAGGGCGAAGAGGAUGAGAUUUCAAUUCCAAAAGCUUCUACUGAAGAUUUCGCAGAUUUCGACAAUGGACCUAGUAUACAUUCGAAAUAUUUCCCAAAACGACGAUCCAACAACAGAUUGAUGAAGGCGAAUAAAGGUUCUUCUAAAGAUGGCACUAGUGAUGCAGAUUUUGCAUAUAGAGGCAAAGCCAAUACAAAACAGUUACACGGGGCAAACAGUUUGCCCCUUCUCGCUUAUCAUCCAGAAAAAUCAGAUUUUCUGCCGUCGGUAAAGCCAUGCUCCAUGCACAGUAAGGAUACACUAACUGAUAGGGACUUUUUAUUAUGGCGGAGUACUCAUCACGGAGGAUCAAGUCACAGAAGUGAAAAUUUAAUGGCAACUACACCUCGACCUCACAGAGAGAAUGAUGCCUCUCCUUACCCUGAACCAACAAGACCCAUCAACGAGGUGAUGAAUGAUGGUUUGAAACUAAAUGGAAAAAUACGAUUUGCUCCUAAAUUACCAAGUGCUAAAUUGGUUGGCCAACGAUUAGUUCAAAAUUGGCUGAAAAGUUAGCAAGUUCGGUAAUUAUAGUAUACAAGUAUUAUGAAC